CUGCGUGUUGAAUGUUUGGGAUUGUUGUGAUGGGAGGCCGCAGCCAUCUUGGAUCAGCGCCGCUCCACACAGAGCAGCAAGAGAGGACGGAGGACGUUAACGGUAGAGCCAGUUAACAAACAUUAGCUGCUCGGACAGACUAACCACAAUCUGUGUCGCUGUGUGGUGCGACUAUGCUUUACAUCCGCUAUUUUUCUUCGUUAGCUUCCUCUUUGAGUACAUAAAAAUGGGUAUAAACUGUGUUAAGCGUUUAACGUUAUAACUCCAGUGAGGGCGGCGGCGGUGCAGAUCCACGGUAUAUUUUUUAAAUUUCUGGAUAGAGGAGUUACUAUGAAUGGAGGAUAAAUGUUGCCAAAGGCUGACAGCAGCAGUUUCGUCCUCUUCUCUCUUCUCUUCGUCCUCACGUUAACGGACCCACCACGGACAGGUCCGCGGCUAGCUCUGGCAAGAUUAUUGUCAGAGCAGCGCUGCAGCCCUGGGCAGUUUGCCUGCCGCAGUGGGAAGAUGCAGUGUAUCCCAAUGUCCUGGCAGUGUGACGGCUGGACAGCAUGUGAGGACAAGAGUGACGAGAUGGACUGUCCCCCUAUAAAGGAGGAGAGGUUUCGUUUUGGCAAUGGAUAUGACCAGGUAGAAGACGUCAUCGGUGUGGCUCAGCCUGUGCGCUUUAACAAGAAAUGCCCCAGUGGGUGGCACCACUAUGAGAAGACGGCCAGCUGUUACAAAGUGUACCUGAGGAACGAGAACUACUGGCAGGCCGUGGAUACCUGUCAGAAAGUCAACGGCUCAUUGGCUACUUUUGUUACCAACGAGGAGCUGCAGUUCAUACUGAAGAUCGAGGUGGAUUUUGACGACAAAGUCUGUGAGCGCAGAGACCAGUGCAAGUUCUGGGUGGGCUACCAGUAUGUGAUCACCAAUCACAACCACUCCCUGGAGGGCCGCUGGGAGGUCUCAUACAAAGGGUCGAUGCAGGUGUUUCUGCCACCUGAGGGUCUGACCAACUUUGGGGACGCGUCUCCCACCCAGGACAACGUCUUCUGUGCCCAGCUGCAGCGCUUUCAGAUCAAAAGCAUGAAUGAACGAGGCCUGCACAGCUGGCAUGCUGAGAACUGCUACAAGAAGUUCCCCUUUCUCUGCAAGAGGAGGCAAACGUGUGUGGAUAUAAAAGAUAACGUUGUAAACGAGGGCUACUACUUCACCCCUAAGGGGGACGACCCGUGUCUGAGCUGCACAUGUCAUGACGGCGAGCCUGAGAUGUGCGUGGCUGCGUUGUGUGAGCGUCCACAGGGCUGCCAGCACUUCCGCAAGGAUCCCAAAGAGUGUUGCAAGUUCACCUGCCUGGACCCAGAUGGAAGCAGUCUGUUUGACUCUAUGGCCAGCGGGAUGAGACUGAUCGUCAGCUGUAUCUCGUCCUUCCUCAUUCUCUCUCUGCUGCUCUUCAUGGUCCAUAGACUCCGUCAGCGGAGACGUGAACGCAUCGAAACUCUGAUUGGAGGAAACUUGCACCACUUUAACCUCGGAAGGCGAGUCCCAGGCUUUGACUACGGCCCGGAUGCCUUUGGCACGGGCCUCACUCCCCUGCAUUUGUCUGAUGAUGGAGAGGGAGGCGCUUUCCAUUUCCAAGAGCCUCCUCCGCCAUACGCAGCCUACAAAUACCCCGACAUCCACCACCCUGACGAUCCCCCUCCUCCUUACGAAGCCUCCAUCAACCCAGACAGCCUCCUCUACGUGGACCUUGGACACCGUGGGGUUUCCAUGGUGCCGAGCCAGAUGAACGUCAUGGGAGACAGGCUCCAGACCGAUAUUCCCAACGCCUCUGGUCCCAUGCCAGACUCAGCACCGUCCUCUCAGGAGAGGGAGGACUCUAUAGAUAGCAGCACCUUCCUGGUCGGGCCCGACACCCCGACAGAUGGCCACGCCUCCGCUUCCAUGCCCGCAGACUGCGCCUCCUCUCUCAGUACCGUAGUAUAGGACUGUGGACGGACAGCAGGGAGCUGCAUCCGGACAUUACCUGCUGGUUAAGGAUGGUCCUGAGUGCAUUCUGCACCGGGAGAGGACGCAACAGACUGUUUUCAUUUAUCGAAAUGCUGACUGCAGGGAGAAGAGUUUAGGUUUGUACAGACACAUCAGAAGCAGCCCGUUUUUUGUUUUUUUUUAGGUACGAGGAUGCCCUCUUUCUGAAGACUCUUCUGCAGUUGUCCUGAGUGUUUUUUCUUUUUUUCUUUUUUUUUUUUUUAUAUAAACACUGGCAUCUGAGGGAGCAGAGAGGACUGUUUCUAAACAGAGGGGAAAAAAAGACUUCAUUGAAGCUGAGAAGGCUGCACUUUUACUUUUUAGCAUCGACUGAGCAAAGCUUUUAAAACAUCUCAGAGUUGGCCUGAUAGGUCGAGGAGCCCUGAUGUAAAUACCCCUUCAGGUCUGUGCUGGUCAAAUUUGUUAUACUUGUGUGUCACAGUCCAGCACAACGCAGAGAAUGACAGACGGACAGUGAAGCCAGCUAUUGUUCCUUGUGCGUUUUUGUUUGCAUCUUAUUGUUGUUCAAACUGACUUAUCUGUGUUGAUCUGUCGGUCUCCAGGCUACAAUAAUGUUCUCAUCAGCCCCAGAUCUCAAUUUCUACUCGCUCAUAAUAAUCUACUGUCCUCUCACUUUCUUAUUAGUAUGAUAAAUGAAGCUGUCUUCCAGGUUUAUAGUGCAUAUUUGCAGCAAAAAGUUUUGUCGUUAAGAAGUUUAACCUUGCAAAAAGGUUUUUAGUAGGUAAUGCCGACGCAAGGCAUUAUGUAUCAAGGAAUGUUGUGGUACUGAUAAAUAUCUGAGUUUGUUAUUGUGUUGAUGAUUUAUGACUGCAGGCUGUCAUCUUGAUUGUUUUCUCAUGGGAUCGAUGCAGUCUGAACUCCCCACUGAUCAGCGAGCGGAAGCGAUGAAGCUUUUCAAGUGUUCGUGUGAAGAUUAGGGAUGAUAUCCCGUCAUUAAAUUUGAGGAAAUCAAUUUAUUUAAGAUAACUGUUCCAGUCAUGAAGUGGUUUAAUCAUACAGACAUUGUUGUUACUUUAUCAUCAACUCUUUGCAGCAUAGUUGUGUAUUUGCUAACUGAACCAUGUUUAGUGAUUCAAAGCUCAAUGUUUUGCACGCUCAUCCCUCGAUUUAAUCAAGGUUUUUGGGGGUUUUUUUGCAAAAAAAUUUGUAAGCUGUCACAUUGGGAUGCUGCCCUUCCAUUCCUGAUGUGUUUGUAUGUGUGGUUCUUCACGCGAUACAUCUGUUAUCUCAGUGAUUGAGGUUGUUUUCAGCUCCUGAUGAAGAUCACUGACAGUAGCUUGGAUCUUUUUCUGUUUGGUGUUGAUGGGUCUGUUACCGUCCUUGUUUUUCAGUGGGAUUGCAGCAACAAAAUAUUUUAAUUUAAAAAAAAAAAAAAAAAAAGUGUAAACUUGUAUAUUUAGAACUUGUUAGACCCCUCUUAUGACGACAAUCGUUUGAUUCACUCAAGGAUGAAUUUUACAAAGCCUGAAGAAGUUACAUGAGUCGUCUCACAGCCACCAGCAUUCAAACCGCUUUUGAUCUCCAUCAAGAAAACCAGCUGUAAAUGUGUCCGAAUGACUUGUCUGUGUAUUUUCAUGUUUGAAUGUACUGUAUGUUGUGCUGAAGCUUAUUUUCCCCAUUUUUCUUUUGCUUUGUUUUUGGCAUUGACAAUCCACAGCGGAUUAUCCAACAAACAAAAUCUCAAAUUGUGGGGAAAAGUAGCGUCUGCAUGUCUGUAAGUGUAGGAGAUGAUGUUCUGGGUGUUUUUUUUCAUCGUUUGUUUAGGUUUUUUUUGUUUUUUUUCAACCUACUUUUUGGAGCUGCAGUGCAUGUUUUUAUCUUUUGGCAUGUCAGGAUUUUUCCUUUCUAUUGAAAUUUUUUUUCUUUUUUUUUAUCUCAACAGUCCAUAUUGUACAGUAGGUUCAAAGACUCCUGCAUAUAGUUUAACAUCUCCAUAUGCAUCACAAACCUGCCCAUGAACCGAACAGCUGCAUUUACACUGCUAGACUAUGGUGGUAUGAGAACAAAUUUUAUUGGAUUUGAAAUGUUUUAUGUAUUAUACAACAAAUGCUACAUUUCAUUGUCUUUUAUUUCAUAGCCUUUUAAUUACAAAAAAAAAAGAAGCUUAAUUUUCAGAGGGUGGGCUUGUGUUUUUCUGAGCUAGAUGUACAUCUAAUCAAAUGCCAAAUAAAUUGCACCAUGAAGGA